CUGUAUGUUUACGCGAGAUUAAUUACACUACUUCCGAUCACGAGGGAAAGAAUAACAGCAACGGACCGGAAGUUGUUGCUGUUCUUAGACCACCGCGUGAUUUUUAGGAAAGAACGAAGCAUUAAAAUGGAAACACAGUUUGCUGCUGAAUACAACUACGAUGAUGGGGACGUAUCCGAAAGCGCUGAUGAGCAGGACAUGCAAGCAGAUAAUAGUAAAGUAUCAACAGAACCAUCUACGUAUAUGUUGGAUGGUCCGGCCAGUGGCAUCCCUUUAGUUUUUGUUAAUUGGAAGCGCCAAGAUAUACCAACACCCCCUGGUGAAACGUUGAAUGAAAAAUUUAAUGCAUGUAUUCCCCAUGAACCUGUCAUUGGUCUUGAUUACAUCUAUGAAUAUCAUCCAGACGAGUUUGGCAAUUGUUCAUUUGAGUGUAAACUUUGCAAUGUUACUAAUCUAUGUCUUGAUGACAUGUUUAGACACAUUGUUGGUAUUCAACACAAAAUUGUCUACAUGCAAUUAUUUCACGCUGACAAGGGUUUCCAUGGUCGAUUUAAAGUGAAAAGAGGAGCAAAGCAGAAAAGUCCACACUACAAAAAAUUAAUGGAAGUCAGCCAUUUUGUUGAAAAAGCCUACGGGAGGAAAAAAACAAAUCUUUCAAUGGCCACUUUUGAUCCUGCAAAACUUACUGGUGUAUUUCUAUGCUCUAAAUGCCAAGUGUUAAGGAAAAACUACCUGAUGAAAUCGUUACCAGAUAAGCAGAAUAAGUCCGAACCUAGCAUUGUCAGCGCUGAAGCUCAAGGACCUUACCAGUCAUUUCAAGAAUUAAAAAGGGCUUACGAAGCAAAGAUGAGAGAAAGAGAGGCCAGAGGGUUUUCUCAUAGUAGUACAGAAUUCAUGGAUUUUUGUGACCGGCAACCUAUUGAAUUCUUGUACAAUGAAGAACUAUAUGAAUACCUGUCAAGCUUCAAGACCGUAAAUGAUGAAAAUGUUAUAUUUAUCAUGAAUGUUGCUGUGAGAUUGUCAAAUAUUUUAGCAGAACAACAACAAAAACUUGCCGAUCAACAGAUCUUGUCUGGUCCAGAAAUUCCCAAUACUAACUCAAGUAUUGCACCAUUAAGCAGAUCAUCACCUAGUCGAUCACCACAUAGGUCACCUACUAACAGAUCACCACAAAGGAAGUUACCGGCUAGCAGAUCACCACAAAGGAAGUUACAUGCUAGCAGAUCACCACAAAGGAAGUCAUCGCCUAACAGAGCAGGAAUGUCAAAUCGUAAUAGAGGAAAUUCUAGGAGAUCACCACCUAACAAGAAAAACUCUAGGAGAUCACCACCUAACAAGAAAAAUUCUAGGAGAUCACCACCUAACAAGAAAAACUCUAGGAGAUCACCACCUAACAAGAAAAACUCUAGGAGAUCACCACCUAAUAGAGAAAGCCUUAGGAGAUCACCACCUAACAGAGAGAGCCUUAGUAGAUCACCACCUACUCCAACAAACUCUGGGAUGUCACCACAGAACACUCCAAACGCUAGUAUGGCACUGUCUAGUAAAUCGACUUCUAGUAAAGAUGCAGAUGGUAAUGGUCCAUUCAAUUAUGUCCAACCUCAAAAUUCAGCUGAAAGUCUCUACAAAAACUCAGAAUUUCUUGUUACUUAUCCACUUAACGUGUAUCCUGCUUCAUGGGGUAACCCUCAAAGACUUUACCCUAUGAAAAAAUCUAUGUGGGAUUUUGAAUCUGCAUCAAAUAAACCUCAAGACAAUAAGCUCAAUGAGACGCAGAAUGAAGACAAUAAGUUCAGUAAGACACAGAAUGAAGGCUACGCGUUCAAUAAGCAGCAGACUGAAGACUAUGCGGUCAAUAAGCAACAGACUGAAGACUAUGCGUUCAAUAAGCAGCAGACUGAAGACUACGCGUUCAAUAAGCAGCAGACUGAAAACUACGCGUUCAAUAAGCAGCAGACUGAAGGCUACGCGUUCAAUAAGCAGCAGACUGAAGGCUACGCGUUCAAUAAGCAGCAGACUGAAGGCUACGCGUUCAAUAAGCAGCAGAAUGAAGGCUACGCGUUCAAUAAGCAGGAGAAUGAAGGCUACCCAUUCAAUAAGCAGGAGAAUGAAGGCUACCCGUUCAAUAAGCAGGAGAAUGAAGGCUACCCGUUCAAUAAGCAGGAGAAUGAAGGCUACACAUUCAAUAAGCAGGAGAAUGAAGGCUACUCGUUCAAUAAGCAGGAGAAUGAAGGCUACGCGUUCAAUAAGCAGGAGAAUGAAGGCUACGCGUUCAAUAAGCAGGAGAAUGAAGGCUACGCGUUCAAUAAGCAGGAGAAUGAAGGCUACGCGUUCAAUAAGCAGGAGAAUGAAGGCAGUGAGUUAAGUAAGCAGCAGAAUCAACGCAACAAGUUCAACAAAACACAGAAUCAAGGGAACAAGUUUAAUAAGCAGCAGAUUCAAGGCAACAAGUUUAAUAAGCAGCAGAAUCAAGGCAACAAGUUCAAUAAGCAGCAGAAUCAAGGCAACAAGUUCAAUAAGCAGCAGAAUCAAGGCAACAAGUUCAAUAAGCAGCAGAAUCAAGGCAACAAGUUCAAUAAGACUAAGCCCUCUAUCCAACAAAGAGAACAAUUUCAAUCCACACCCAAGAUGCCUCAAAAUGAGCAGCAUAACCCAUAUCAACAAUUUCCUGCAGCAUCCGUCCAGCAAAUUGAACCAAUGCUUUUCGAUAUAACAGUAGAUUUGCCACCAGGUGUCCCUAGAAACGCAGUAACUGCAAAAUUUUUUCAAAGCAUCCAAAACAUGGAUUCCUCUGAUGUGGUUCCUGCACUGAACAAGUUAUCUUUUACAAACCCAGCUUUCAAAGGUAUCAAUGUUCCAUUAGUAAUAUGGCAUUUGACUGAAGCCGGGGUCCUGAAAAACACCUAACUAGGAUUCAUAGGAAAACUAUUUUUUUAUGAGUAUGACUCAAAUACUUUUAUUAUACCUUUGAAUGUUCUUUUCUGUGUAUAUCUGCUCUUACUCUCAGUAGACUUGCUUUAUAGGGACAUGAAACCCAAAUUUUUUCUUUCAUGAUUCAGAAACAGCAUGCAAUUUUAAAAACUUUCUUAUUUACUUCUAUUAGUUUGCUUCAUUCUCUUGAUAUUCUUUUCUGAAAAGCAUAUCUAGAUAGGCUGAGUAGCUGCUGCUUGGUGGCUGCACACAGAUGCCUUGUGAUUGGCUCACCCAUGUGCAUUGCUAUUUCUUCAACAAGGAUAUCUAAAGAAUGAAGCAAAUUAGACAAUUGAAGUAAAAUGGAAUGUUGUUUAAAAUGGUAUUCUCCAUCUGAAUCAUGAAAGAAAUAUGUUGAGGUCCCUUUACGUUCUUGACAUUAGAGUUUGAACAAUAUAUGUAUGAGCUGCUGUAAAUAUAUUCUGCUCAGUAUCCCUAUCUACAAGGACAUUCUGCACAUAACCCCAUGUUAUGCUUCAAAUAAAGCUGAAUUGUUUUCUGUUUUCCUUUUAAA